CCAACGCGCUGACUCAUCGACAAGUCGGAACCUGCGGCGCGGACAUGUCGGAAGUUUAGACGGUUGCUCUGGGUGAACGAAGUGAACAGUGACAGUCUCGCAUCAAACCAGAAACUAUUGUCUCCCCCCUAAAUCUGCCCAGUCUCCCCUUUCCCUCACCCAUGGCGUCCGGCUCGGAUAUAGACAUUGAGGGUGCGACCCAGCACCUCCGGGACAUCCUCAAGCUCGACCGUCCCAGCAACAGCACCGAUGUACAAUCAAGUGAUGGUCAGAGAAAGCGUUCUUUUAAUGGAGAGCUGAACGGGUUACUGGGGGCAGCGGGCCUUCUAGGAAGUGCUGACAGGUCAACCAUGUCAGACUCCACCAGACCCAUCUCCACAGACCUCUGCAGCACCCAGGAGAGUCAGAUAAUCUGCCUCUCUGGUGAUGAUGGGUCCACCGGUAUCUCCAUCACAUCGAGCAAUGUGGAGAUUGUGGCAAGUCAAGACUCCAGCAUCAACAGCAAGGCUCGAGGCAGCAACAAGGUGAAAAUUCAACCUGUUGCCAAGUAUGACUGGGAACACAAGUAUUAUUAUGGCAGACUGAUUGCUGUGUCCAACUCCUUCCUCGCUUAUGCCAUCAGAGGAGCCAACAACCAUGCGAUGAUUCGUGUGCUGAGUCUGGCUUUUGCUGAGCGUUCCCUGCUGAAGGGAUUCACAGGGGCCGUCACAGAUCUGGCUUUUGCCCACCUCGACUCAUCUCUGUUGGGUUGUGUAGAUGAGGCGGGCAACCUAAUGGUCUGGCAACUCACCUGCACUGGAAACAAGAUACUAGAUCAGAUAGUGGUUCAUAUUAGACGGCCAGAUGAAACUCCACUGAACUCCCACAGGCGCCUCAUCUGGUGUCCGUUCAUUAUGGAUGACAACGAGGAGAACCAGGACGACACCAGCCAGACCUUGGCCCUUCUACAUGAAGACAGGGCUGAGGUGUGGGACCUGGAAAUCUUGAGAGCCAACAACAGCAGUUGGCCUGUCGAUGCCACAGAACUAAAGGAUGGCCUCAUCACAGUGAAGGGACAUACUCAGCGAGUCAGUGAAGGGGCCUUGUCUCCAGAUGGAACUGUGUUAGCCACAGCCAGCCAUGAUGGAUACAUCAAGUUCUGGCAGAUAUACAUAGAAGGACGACAGGACACACCCAGAUGUCUCCAUGAAUUGCAGCCUCACGGAGGACGUCCCCUCUCCUGCCUUCUUUUCUGUGACAACCACAAGAGGCAGGACCCAGACGUUCCUUUCUGGCGUUUCCUCAUAACGGGAGCUGAUCAGAACCAGGAGUUGAAGAUGUGGUGCACUGUUUCCUGGACCUGUCUACAGACCAUCAGGUUCUCUCCAGAUCCGUUCAACUCCUCAGCUCUGCCAAGUUUGAAGGCCAGUCUGGACCUCGCUUCUGAGUAUCUCAUCCUCACUGACGUACAGAGGAAGGUUCUAUAUGUGAUGGAGCUGCGGCAGGACAUGGAGAAAGGGAACGCCAAUUUCACAGCUGUGUCAGAGUUCCUGCUGACUCACCCUGUGCUCAGCUUUGGAGUCCGGGAUGUUGCCCACAGCCGACUGCAACACACUGAGGUCCUCCCUGCAGAGGAGGAGAGUGAGAGCAUGACUACAGAGGGGAUUCAAGGACCCACAGAGUCCAAGUCUGGAAUCCAGAUUAAACUCUACUGUGUUCACACCAAGAGUCUGCAGGAUGUUCAGAUCUGGUUUCAACCCAGCGCACGUUCAAGUUCUGCACUGUUCUUGCCUCAUUCUGAUUCUCAGGAUGGUUUUGCAACUUUUUCAGACCAUCUCACCGACCAGAGUUCUGACAAAGAGUCAGGAAGUGGAUCCCAGACCGACUUGCGAAAGAUCCCAUCGCUUCCCGCUCCCACUGACUUCCUGUCUAACUCUGUCUCUGGCAGUGGGCCGAUGCCCAAGCUGAUGACUCCUGAUGCCUUCAUGACACCAAGCACUUCGGUACCAGCAUCACCUGGCAGCAGUGCCAGCAGCCUCACCAUUGUAACGGCUAUCAGCAGCAACUCUGACUCAACUAACAGAGCUCUAGACGAUGUCAGUCAGAGUCCUAACAGAGCAGAGAGCAGCAGCAGUAGUCUGACACUCUCUGCCUCCACCAGUAGCCCAAGAGCUGCUUCUGCUGUACUGCUGCCUGGACUGGAGAACCUACAGGCUCUGGUGUCCCCUAGUGGUCUUCUUGCACUUGACAGCCCUCAGAUCAUGGACUCGCCAAUCCUGCAACCACUGGCCUCGCCGACCAGGGCCCGCUCCCCUGAUGUCAUCUCCUCAGCCUCCACUGCAAUGUCCCAGGACAUGCCGGAGAUCGCAUCCCAGACACUGCAGCUUCAGCGUGGACUCCUGUCCAGCUUGGAGCCUUUACCACUUUCUGCGCUUCAGACAGACAGCAUGGCGUCUGCCGCCUCUGCUCUGCACCUGCUCACCUCACCACGCACCGCCAACAACAGUCUAUUACCCCUGGAACUUGGAGGUGCAGAUGGGCCAGUAGGUGGGGCUGUAGAGUCUGAGCCUAGACUCAGCCACACUCCGUCUUUGCUGGAGAAUGCCUUAUCGCAGGAGAACCCUGGGGUAGGAGGAGGGUCCUCAGAUGGUAGCGUUAGCCACACACCAUGGCCAGCUGCACCCGACAUCACCAGAGAAACCAGGAACAGUCUCAGGGACAACGGCCUGGGAGACUGCUCAAGGGAAGAGUCAAAGGGACACAUGAGCUCACCGUACCAUCGGCGCUCGUAUCACCUCUCGCAGAACGACAGUCAGGACACCGGUGCAGAGCAGAGCGACCCUGAUGAUGAGGUGGCCAGCCUGGCAUCGUCUUCAGGAAACUGUGGCUCUCGCUCCUCUCACAGGAUCCCUGUUAAGGACUGGAAGACGUCACCACGAGGUUCACCAAAACUGAAGAGGAAGAACAAGAAGGAUGAUGGUGAAUCAUCUCAGUCCAGACAAAUGGACUCAGGCCAGAUGACUGUAGAAGUUCAGGAGGAGUUGUUGAUGCUCCUGCGCAGCCAGCAGAGGGAGCUGACUGAACUGCGUGGACAGAUAGAAGCCAUGCAGAGCUCCGUUAUGGCCCAGGUCGACCAUGUCCUGACCAACCACCAGGAGCAAGAACAGCGCAGACUGGAACGAGUUCUGGCGGAGAGUCAGAAUCAUCAGCAGCAGCUUCAGGAUCAGCUCAGCCAGCAGCUCAGCCACGCCCUCAGCUCGGCGCUCACCAACAGAAUGGACAAAGUGCUACGGGAGGAAAUGAAGAAAACCGUCCCGCAAACGAUUUCAAAGAGCAUGGAGCCUGUGACAGGUCAGCUGAACAACACAAUUGCUGCCAAGCUGAACGCUGUGGAGGUCACCCUGAAGGACAACGUCAGCAAGGUGGUCAAAUCCAAGAACACGACAGAUGCAAUUGGUCGAGCAGCAGCUGAAGCAAUGCAGGGGCCCAUCCAGGCCGCAUACAAAGAUGCUUUCCAGGGCAUCGUGCUGCCCGUUUUUGAGAGAGGCUGCCAGUCCAUGUUUCAGCAAAUCAACGACAGCUUCAAACAAGGAACACAAGAAUACAUCCAACAGCUGGAGACUCACAUGAAGAACAGAAAGCAGAGAGAGCAGGAGGCCCGAGACCCUAUGAUUGGCCAGCUCCAACAGAUGAUUGACAGCUUCCAGAGCUCCAGCGAUCAACUGGCCAAUAACAUCACAGCUAACGUCCGAGGCGAAGUCCAGCACCAGAUCCAGAUGAUGGUGGGAAAUUUGCAGGAGUCUAUUCUCAGUCACGUUCAGCGGAUUGUUAAAGGGGAGGUCGGCCUGGCCAUGAAGGAGCAGCAGGCAGUGGUCACCUCCAGCAUCAUGCAGGCGAUGAGGUCAGCUGCCGGCACGCCCGUUCCCACGGCACACCUCGACUACCAGACACAGCAGACCAACAUCCUGCAGCUCCUCCAGCAGGGUCAGCUCAACCAGGCUUUCCAGCAGGCUCUGUCAGCCACAGAUCUCAACUUGGUGCUGUAUGUGUGUGAGACCAUCGACUCUCAGCAGGUGUUUGGUCAGCACCCCUGCCCUCUUAGCCAGCCCGUGCUGCUGUCGCUCAUCCAGCAGCUCUCCUCCAACCUCUCCACCCGCUCUGAGCUCAAAAUCAGCUACCUGGAGGAUGCUGUGAUGAACCUGGACCAUGGCGACCCGCUGACCAGAGACCACAUGUCCUCCGUGUUGGCCCAGGUCAGACCCAAACUCUUUGCGUUCCUGCAGCAGGACCCCCACAGCCUGCUCAGCAAGAGGGCGCGGCGCCUGAUGAUGAUGCUGCAGGGUCUCGUCAACCACUAGUUCUUCGUCUAGAGUCUGGUGCAGAGGAGAUAGAUACAGAUCAUGAGUCCAGUUUUGUUAAAGAGUCCAGGACGACUUCACCCCUCUUUGUUGGAGCUCGAGGAUGAAACUUGUUUGGAGAUGAAGACGAGGGCUUGAAAACUUUUCACUUGGUUAACGAAGGAUCCCUCCAGUUCCUCUACACAUUCUUUGUUCCUCCUCCUCCUCCUCUCACUGCACCAGUGACGUGUCAUGUUAGGAAAUAGACUGUUUUUGUUACGCUUCUGUUUUUUCCCGUCGUCAUACCUUCAAUGCAAAACCAUAACAUUCUGGACAAAGAGAUUGUUGUUGUCUGUUCAAGAGACUCUUUAAGUUCACUGUAGGUUCUUCCACACCUCCAUUACUGCUGCUCCUCCUCUUCAUCCCCGAAAGACGAUCUGCUCGUCUUUUUAUCCCGGUCAAGAAGCAACAGACUGUCUCACAGACGGCAGCCACGCACCCUGAUAAUUAUGGUCAUCUCCAUCUCACAGAGGCAUCGAACCGGACUCUGAUGUUACAUCUUCCAAAUGUGCAAAAAGACUCAAAGAAUGUGCAGCUGAGCGAAACAUUGACGUUUCUUUUUUGUUCCGCUCUGUUCCUCUGACCCGUCAGGCAGACACAUUGAGUUUCUGGACGGGGAUGUGAUGCGGACGCUGCCUCUGAGCAACCGAAACAACAGAAAAAGUGCACAACGAUGUCGCCGUGUCUCUCGGCCAUAAGAGCGAACAGCAGGCUCGGCCGCAUUUUUUUUUUUUCUUUAUCCAGAGCAGCAGCAUCCCUGCUCAGAGUUACAGAGGAAUUCAGUUGCCGCAGAAACACGGUCCUCAGUUCAGUUCUUUUCAACAACCCAGCGAAUCCCAGCAACCAGAAGAAUAAAACAUCCUAAGCCAAUUUAUGUUGGUGGGAUUUUUCCUUUCAGUUGUUUCUUAUUAGGUUGGAGAUGAAAACCUCACCAGGCCAAAUCUGUCUCAGCGAGGAUCAACGCGUGGAAUUGUUUUACUGAAAGUUAAUAAGAUUUGUUCUGUGUUUGGAGAAUUCUGGAUGAAAGCAUAUCUCAUUAUACCUCUUUCAUCUGACCUUGUUUUCACAAAUCUUAUUGAUGAGUGUUUCUGAAGGAAACAAAUACGGCUAAAGGAGGAAUAACUAAAAAAAAUAAAGAAACAUUUCUGAAAUCUAAUAAAUAUUUGAGAAGCCCCUUCAGGCUGAAACAAAUCCCCCUUUCAAUUCUGAAUCGUUUGGAGCCUGUCGUAGAAGUUGGCAGUUUAUCCACGUGUGCAGCUCAGACUGCUUUUCUUCUG